CCUGGGCCUCUGUCAUGUGGUGCAACAUGCUGUCCACCAGCGAACCAUGGAACCUGUCCUUGUUUGUCAACCCUCCUCCACUCCACUGGGAGAAGCUGUCCCAGGUUCUGAGCUGGCAGUUUUUGUCCGUUGGCCAGCGAGAACUGGAUGAAAACCAGCUUUCCAUGCUGAAAGACAAAAUAGUGGAUGAUCCUGAUGGUUUCGUUCAAUGGAGCAAGUUCUCCAAGAAUGAAAGUACCUGGAUGUGGAUUGAUGGAAUUUUGGAUUUGAUCAAAAGGCACUUGGUAGAUCUUUGGCGUGAUGGGUACAUCAUGGGCUUCGUGAGCAGGGAGAGAACAUGGGUCCUUCUGCAGGAAAGACAGAACGGGACCUUCCUGCUUCGCUUUAGCGAGAGCAGCAAAGAUGGAGCCAUCACUUUCAGCUGGGUUGAUCGCUCCAAUGGUGGUAUGUUUCUGCACAUUAAUUUUAGGGCUGCCCCCAAACAGCUAACUGUUGAGUCAUUAGUCAUGAGACCU